AAGUCAACCCACACCAACCCACUCUCUGUACCAAAUAUUCUCCCGGAAAAAAAUAACAACAAAACAAAAUUUCGGAGAGUGAAAAAAAAAUCGGGAGAAAAACAUCAUGUCACGCACAGGAAUUAUUGCCGUCAUCGUCCUCCUAUCAACGUUCUCCACGUCACCAACUCUCUCUGCCGCUGCCAACGGCGGCGAAUCGCGGUCUGUGUACGACGCAAUCGAAGACUUUAACUUUCCGAUGGGUCUGCUCCCGAAGGGCGUCACCGGAUACGAGCUCGACGGCAACGGAAAAUUCCGCGCGUAUCUGAACGGCUCCUGCCGCUUCUCGCUGGAAGGGUCGUACCAGCUCAAUUACAAGUCCACUAUUACCGGCACGAUCUCCCAGAACAAGCUCUCCUCGCUGACCGGGGUGAGCGUCAAGGUCCUGUUCCUGUGGCUCAACAUCGUUGAGGUCACCCGGAGCGGCGACAACCUCGAGUUCUCGGUGGGGAUCGCGUCGGCGGCGUUUUCGAUCGACAAUUUCUAUGAGUGCCCGCAGUGCGGCUGCGGGUUGGAUUGCGUCAAUGGCGGACAAGUAAGGAAGAUUAAAAUGCCUCUUGUUUCUUCGAUUUGAAUUGGGACUUGGGGCUGCGGAGGAGGGAGGGUUUUAGGGAUUCGGAAUUAUAGGUAGUGUUUGUUCACACCUUGAUUUCUUAAAGAUUAUGGAUUUAAUGCUUUCAAUAAUUUUCAUUUAUGCAGAAAUAAUUUUUGUUUUA